UAUACAUCUGCUGUGCGACUCUUGAUAAAGCCCGUCGGACGUACGUAGUGAAGAGGCAGGUUUUACAAUAAAUAAUAUGCCCUGAGAUGUAAAAGAUCGUCGUUGCCGUCACACCUCAUCUACGCCACCUUAUGUCGGCACGGGCCGAUUGCAAUGGGUUCAACUGAGACGCACAAUCGGAUGCGGUGUCGACUGUUCUCUGCAAAAUCUCCCCUCCAAAGCAUAGGCUCAAAGCAUGCCCCGCAUCAUCACGGUGUCUUCAUCUUCUAAUCGCUUUCUAACAUGUUCCACGACUAUUCUUACGAGACGGUCUGCCAGAACGAGGACGCCCAAGUCGGCGUUGCUCGCGAUGACCAAUAUACCUCCAAUGACAAACGGCACUCAAACCCCAUCCAAGACGUCAGGGGGGUUUUAGCUUGCCGUUCGAUAUACUUCUUCCUUAACGGGAUGUUAUUAAUUAUUUCCUUCGUCCUCGGGUCCACGCUUCAUCCAUUGUCUCUAUCAAGACUAAAUAAUAGCUCCAAUUUGCAAAACCAGUCCAAUCCAAAUGCAUUCAUACCCCCUUUGCCUAUAGAGACCAAGGUGUUCGAGUUUGACGGGACGUUUGCUGAUGAUCCAAGUCCGAACGUAACAUCGGCAUGGGUGUCUUUAAUACCUAAAGGCCAAGGCCUGGUUCGACUGCCGCUGCACCAUGAGUUUGACGGUAAUAUAUUCAACAUAGCCGCUUAUCACAGCCUACACUGCCUUUUCACACUUCGAGAAUCAUUCUUCCUUUUCUACCAAGUUGCGAAUAAUUCUGCGCGGAUUGAUACCACCGAGCUUGCUUCCAAGUUGAAGCACGGACGGCAUUGCAUAGAGUACAUUCGCCAGAACCUAAUGUGCAACCCCGACCUUAAUUUAGAGCCGAUCGAAGGAGGGACAGGCAAUCUCAAAGAAUGGGGUAUUCAGCAUCAAUGUAAGAGUCUCCUUGCUCUAUCCAAGUGGAGCUAUGAGAUGAGGGCAAGCGAUAAUGAAGGCAUAGCUACAUAGGUACCUAGGUGGAGAGAACGUAAAAUACCCAGAACAUUGGUAACGUCUUGGACUUCUAAUAGUUGCUCGUGUCAUCAAAUCCGGACGUGCCA